AUGAGAAGAAGAAACGGGAUGAAAAAAGUAAUACUAAAAUUUGUUCUUGGACCUGUUGUAGCUGGAGCCAUACUCAUGACCAUUUUCAUUAUUUGGUUGCUGAAAUAUCGAAAGCGAAACGACCAACUUAUUCCUUUAACCGAUUGGAAUGGUCAAUCACACAAGAGAUUUUCUUACUAUGAAAUUGUUCGAGGGACUAACAACUUUGAAGAAUCGAAUUUGAUUGGAAAGGGAAGCCUUGGUAUGGUGUAUAAGGGGAAAUUUGCAAAUGAGACAGUAGUUGCUAUAAAGGUUUUCAAUGUACAAGUACAAGAUGCAUUCAAAAGGUUCGAUUUGGAGUGUGAAGUUUUGCGCAAUAUUCGCCAUAGAAAUCUUGUUAAGGUGAUUAGUAGUUGUGCUAAUCUUGAUUUCAAGGCAUUGGUGCUAGAGUACAUGCCUAAUGGAGAUCUUGAUUAUUGGCUUUACUCUCACAAUAAUUUCUUGGAUUUAGUCCCAAGACUGAAAAUUAUGGUUGAUGUGGCUUGUGCCUUAGAGUAUCUACACAAAGGUCAUUCACUUGUUGUGGUCCAUUGCGACUUAAAACCAAGUAACAUACUUUUGGAUGGAGACAUGGUUGCCAGAGUAAGUGACUUUGGUAUAUCAAGCUUGACGGCGCAUGAUCCAGUAGCGUUAACCAAGACCUUAGGCACCAUUGGCUACAUGGCACCAGAGUACGGGUCACAAGGGAUAGUGUCAACAAUGGGGGAUGUUUAUAGCUAUGGUAUUUUAUUGAUGGAAACCUUCACAAGAAAGAAGCCAGUAGAUGAUCAAUUUGUUGGAGAGCUUACAUUGAAGAGAUGGGUCGCCGAAUCAUAUCCUCAUAGGGUCAUGGACAUUGUGGAUGUCAAUUUAUUUUCAAGAGAUGACGAUAAUGAACAUUUGUUAGCUACUGAAAGUUGUUUGAGAUCAGUAUUGGAAAUUGCUCUUGAAUGUACCGCGGACUUGCCUCAAGACCGAAUUACCAUGGAUGACGUCCUUGUAAGGCUCAACAAGAUCCAAACUCUGCACAAUAAACCUUGA